GAACUUUAAUAAUAACCGGAAUUAACCUAAACCGAGGGAGACUGCAAUUGCUUGUCAAUCUAAUGCUAUUUUAAUUCUUCCAUGGGACUAACAUCACCUUAGUUGACUAUACUAACUCUUGCUCGCAAUACUUAUGUGUUAAGUCAGUGGCCUACAGUUAGUAUAAAAAUAAAGUAGCCUAACGUUAACAGCAAAACAGCAGCACAAACAUGAGCGCCUUUGCUGUGGAAAAGAAGCAGGCAGAGCCGCUAGCUGUUUCUGGGUAACAGGUUCAGUUAGCUUUCCACGCUAACGUUAGAAACACGGGGCGGUGAGGAGUCUCAACAGAACAGCCACGUCGAGGAAAUAAGGAAAAUGAGAAGGAGUCUUGCUCCCAGUCAGGUUGCUAAACGGAAGCAAGCAGGAGAUUCCUGUGAAGAUGAUGACUGGACAUGUAGAACUGUAAGAGAAAAGAAGAAAAAGUGAUAAUGAGAUGAGAGAAAACCACAUUUCUCCCUUCAGAAAGCCUCUGACACAGCUGAACAACUGGCCUGCGUGUAUGGACGGUGCCAAACAUGAGGCAUUUAUUCGAAGUAUUCUCUCUAAGCCAUUUAAAAUUCCUAUUCCGAAUUACACAGGCUCUCUGGGAAUCAGGGCACUUGGUCUAAAGCGUGCAGGAGUAAGGAGAGCACUUCAUGAUCCCUUCGCAGAAGAUGCUUUGGUACUUUAUGAGCCCCCAACUCUGAACGCUCAUGACCUGAUCAAAGCUGACAAAGAAAAACUACCAGUCCAUGUUGUUGUGGAUCCAGUUUUAGGAAAAGUGCUCAGACCCCAUCAGAGAGAGGGGGUGAAGUUCCUGUGGGAGUGCGUGACGGGCAGACGCAUCUCAGGAUCGUACGGCUGCAUCAUGGCUGAUGAGAUGGGCCUGGGGAAGACUUUGCAGUGUAUCACCCUCAUGUGGACACUGCUACGCCAAAGCCCUGACGCUAAGCCAGAGAUAGACAAGGCCAUUGUGGUUUCACCUUCAAGUCUGGUUCGCAACUGGUACAAUGAAGUAGAAAAGUGGCUGGGAGGACGCGUCACACCAGUGGCCAUCGACGGGGGUUCAAAGGAUGGGAUCGAUAGACAACUAGUGAACUUCAUCUCUCAGCAUGGUUUGAGAGUACCGACCCCAAUCCUGAUCAUUUCAUAUGAGACAUUCCGACUGCACGCUGAGGUUCUGCACAAGGGCAAGGUUGGACUUGUUAUCUGUGACGAGGGCCAUCGACUGAAGAACUCUGAUAACCAGACAUACCAGGCCCUAAAUGCCAUGAGUGCCCAGAGGAGAGUGCUGAUUUCAGGCACUCCUAUCCAGAACGACCUGCUGGAGUACUUCAGCUUGGUCCACUUUGUUAAUGCUGGGAUCCUUGGUACAGCCCAGGAGUUUAAAAAGCGAUUUGAGCUUCCCAUCCUCAAGGGUCGAGAUGCAGAUGCCAGUAAUAAAGACAGACAGACUGGAGAGGAGAAACUCAAGGAGCUCAUCAGCAUCGUCAACAGGUGCUUGAUAAGGAGAACAUCUGAUAUCUUGUCUAAAUAUCUUCCUGUGAAAAUUGAGCAGGUUGUGUGUUGCAGGCUGACUCCUCUGCAGACAGAGCUCUAUAAGCGCUUCCUGAGGCAGGCCAAACCCAUUGAGACAUUACAAGAGGGCAAAAUAAGUGUCUCCUCCCUGUCUUCCAUCACAUCACUCAAAAAACUGUGCAAUCACCCAGCUCUCAUCUAUGAGAAGUGUGUGGAGGGUGAGGAGGGCUUUGAGGGGGCGCUGGACCUCUUUCCAUCUGGCUACUGCACUAAAGCUGUGGAGGCUCAGCUCUCUGGGAAAAUGCUGGUUCUUGACUACAUCCUGGCAAUGACAAGGACUACAACUAGUGAUAAGGUGGUGCUCGUCUCCAACUACACUCAAACGCUGGACCUCUUUGAAAAGCUGUGCAGAUCUAGAAGAUACCUCUAUGUUCGACUGGAUGGCACAAUGUCCAUCAAGAAACGGGCUAAGAUUGUGGAAAGAUUCAACAAUCUAUCUAACCCAGAGUUCAUCUUCAUGCUGAGCAGCAAGGCUGGUGGAUGUGGCCUGAAUCUGAUUGGUGCUAAUCGCUUGGUUAUGUUUGAUCCUGAUUGGAACCCAGCCAAUGACGAGCAGGCGAUGGCACGCGUGUGGAGAGACGGCCAGAAGAAGACCUGCUACAUCUACAGACUGCUCUCUACGGGGACGAUCGAGGAGAAGAUCCUGCAGAGGCAGGCCCAUAAGAAAGCCCUGAGCAGCUGUGUAGUGGAUGAGGAGCAGGAUGUGGAGCGUCACUUCUCUUUGGGCGAACUCCGAGAACUCUUCACUCUCAACGAGGAGACCACCAGCGACACACAUGACAAGUUUCGCUGUCGCCGCUGUGUGAAUGGCCGGGAGGCUCGGCCUCCUGCAGAUGAGUCUGACUGUACCAGUGACCUUUCCCAGUGGAACCACUGCUUUGACAAGAAGGGCCUGAGGGACCAAGUGUUGAAAGCCUCCUGGGACGCUGCUGUCUCCUUCGUCUUCCACCAGCGCUCUCACGAGGACCAGAAGGGUGUAGUAUAGCAGGAGGAACACAAAAGACUUUCAAUCACACAUGUACUGUAUAUACUGAUAUUUAUUUGUUGAGUUUUUCAAAUAAAGGAGAAUGAUUGAUAAUCCA